CUGUGGCGGUAACCUUGGGAACACAAAUCUGAAGGACUGCCUGUCAAGCACACAUCUACAGACGUAGUCGAGGGCAAGCAUGCAUCUAUAGAACACAUCUAUAGAUGUAUGCGUGUCAAACACACUCCUACAGACGUAUGCUCACCCAAGCAUACUCCUUGUGUGCUGACAAGUACACUCCCUCCGCCUCCGAUACCUGUGCAGUAAGAACACACGUGAUCUUGCAGUGUGACGGGAGACGAAGAAUAAAAGCGGAAGUCACACAAAAGCACUGGGUCCACUGAACGCCUGGUGACUCCGUAAACCGACUACCGCGGCACAACAAAGCGAAGCUGAAUCCGGCUGACCCGUCUUGAACCUGAGAAGACUAAGACACUAAUCUCAAGAUGGAGUCUGGAGAGCCUCCUAAGAAGCGGCGCGCGACGCAGCCACCUGCGGACAGACAGGAUGGCGACGAGGCCAGUGUGCGCUGGUCGGAGCUGCCAGCCCGUGCGUUGGAGAAGACCCUCAGCCUCCUCUGCGCCAGCGACGUGGUGUCUGCGGGCCAAACUUGCCGGUCGUGGCGGGCCGCGGCCAAGGAGCCCGGCGUGUGGCAGGAGCGGGACUUGGCGUACUCGACAGUGUACGAGUUGAUGGUCUUCAUGGACUGGCCGCUGUCGAACGGGCUGCGGCACCGCGACGCGCGCACCUUCGUCCGCGUGGUGCGCUUCGCGCCGUGCCUCCACUGGCUCAAGACGGCCGAGGUCAUGCUGCCCGCGGCCCGCAAGGCGCUGACCAACUCGAACAUCAAGUUGUUCGGCAUCGAAGUCAACGGGCGCUUGGCCUGGCCCGCCAAGCUGCUGUCGCAGAAGGAAGAAGGUCUGCAGGAAGUGACCCUUGUCAACCCCAACAUGGGAUGUCUCCUCGCUGCCCUUCGCUGCCGCGACUUGCGCAGCCUCAAGAUGAAAUUCUGCCAGGACAAGAAAUACACCUGUCCUGUGCUUUCCAAAGACGUGCGGAUCGAGCGCCAGAACCCUCUCAAAGGACUAGUCUGCGACGGUGGCGCCUUCCCCGAGGCUGUGAGCAGCUUGAUGGAGCGCUUCGGCGACACACUGGAGGAGGUGUACGUGUCCUGUCUGCCGAGCAGCGCCGCGCUCGCCCGCUGCACGGGUCUGCGUUCGCUGGGGGUGAACCUCGCCCCGGCGUCGCCUGAAGACCGCGAACAACUUCUGGCUGGCCUCCACGGGAAGCAACUCGACUUCAUCGUGUUCAAGGCAGUGAAAGACUGGGACCGACACCCGAAAGAAGGCUGCAAAGCUUUUCGCCAACAACUGCAGAAGUUCGUUCGUUCAGAUGUCCGGUGCAAGAUGUGUGCCUAAACUUUCCUCGGCGCAUUGUCGCCUUUUGCCUUAAAUGUUAACUUUUGUUUUAUUUUUAACACUUGAGCAUGCUUUUGCUAUCACAUAAGGUCAAUUUAUAUUUUGCUUUUAUAAUAUUAGGCGUAGUCUUGCCAUCACUUAAUGUCAAUUUUUACCAGGCCCCUCCAAUAUUAAGCGUACUCUUCGAGUGUUUGUGUUUGUCUAAUGUUCUAUGUUGUAAUUUCAUCUUUCUCUUACGAAAUAAAUGAUUGACAUUGCU